ACUACAGGUUGGUAUCUCUUCAAAGAAGUAACGCUACUGUCUGUCUGCACCCUCUUCCCUGCUGUACGGUUGUCACUGAAUGUUAAAUCAUUGGUCUCUGGAAAGUACUGGCUCGGAAUACCCUCCAUAUUCUUCUGUGAAACACUGACUGUUAUCUCUUAUCCCGCCAAAAAGUAUCGAAUCGCGCAGGACUGGGGGCGAAUCAAUAAUCCGGACUCU